AUGAGCGGCCUUGAAAUUGUGGGUGUCGUCCUCGGGGCUAUACCGAUUGCCGUGGCGGCGAUAGAAACAUACAAAAGACGACAGAAUAGAAUCAAAUUCAGAAACAAAGCGCCGUUCAUUAUGAAGCUGAUCUCAUCGUUAAAUGCCCAGCAUUGGAUCCUUCUCAGUGACAUUCAAAGAACGCUGAACAACGCAGGAGUCGAGUACGACAGAUCGAAUCCCCAACUCAGCCUGGCCAUAUUCCAAGACCGUGAUAUUGCGGAGGCUGUGGACGAGUACUUAGACCAGGACCGAGGCAUUUACUACGAUGCCAUUCGGCGCUGCCAUAGAGUUCUGGCAGAGUUGGUAGGAAGUAUUGAAGGACUUGACCCGGUGCCUCAAAGCCUGACUGAUCUCGUCAAGACCUACAAGACAAACGACGGCCUGUAUGAAUUCCCAAAGAAACUCAGGUUUCCGCUGAAGCGCGACGCCCUCGACCGGCAGAUUCGCGAGAUGGAACAAGCCACGAGCAUCCUUGGACGGAUAACAGACAAUAUGGCUGCGUUAAGAGUACAGGCUCCUCUGCAGUCUACAUCUCGUCAGGUCGCCGUGCUUGCAUCGGCCCUUAAUACAAUGAGGCAGCACGCCAGGAAUCUGUACUCUGCGAUAUCUGCGGCCUAUCAAAGUCAGUGCCAUACACGCCAUGAGGCGAGGUUGUUUCUAAGGAGCUGUUCCAAUGUAGUGGAGAAGAAGAGCACCCUCAAGGUUAAGAAGGAUAUGUCUUUCACAGUCUUAUUCUCCCCGGCUAUAUCGCUUUCAAAUACCUUACCGUCGUAUAGAAGUGAUAUCAAGGUUCUGAAUGGCGAAGCCACAGCCAACACUUGCCCCGCAGCAACAUCGACCCAGACCAGGACGAGAUCUACUUUUGAUGAUAUCUGCGGGUCUAUACGGAAGGCGAAAGAGAGGGGCCUUGUACUUGAUAUCUACCUCUCCGACAACCGGUACUUAUCAUACUCUCAUGUCCAUGGCUCACGCUCUAGCAAGUCUCCACACAUAAUGGUAGAGUCGGAUGCAUUCAUGACAUUGGAGGAGCUGUUCAUGGACAAGUCAAGCACGCCGUGGCUACAGAAUCACAGGAUGGCGCUGUCUCUGGUAAUCGUUUCUUCGCUGAUGCAGCUAAUUACGACUCCAUGGCUCCGGGUCCCGUUAACGAGCAGCUCAGUGCGAUUUGCACGCAGCGCACUUGAUAUUGCAAGACUGGACCUUUCAGCCAUUCCUGAGCCAUUCGUUGAAGAAGAAUUUUGUAGGUCCAAUGGUUUUAUGACGACAUGCAGGGAUUGCAAUGUGCGACAAUAUAUGAUAGAGCUCGGAAUAUUGCUUCUUGAGAUCGAGCACUGGAAGACAGCAGAAGAAUAUAAACAGGAACUCCUCAGCCAUGGUCAACCAGUACCUGCGAGCCGUUAUGACCUGGCUUCCAGCUGGCUAGGUGCGAGUAUGUACCACGUUCUACAGUUUCACCAUGAAGUUAUAACAAGGUGUGUCGAAUGCACUUUUGAUACCAAUCACUCGACACUGAGCUGGGACGACCCUGCCCUCCGCAAGUCAAUUGCAGAGUACGUGUUGAAACCGCUUCAGGACAAUUGUCUUCAACAGCUACGAUAG